AAAGAGAGAAGGGAGUCUGCGCACAAGCAAGCAAGCAGGUCCUGCCAUGUAAACGAUCCUCGGCCCCAAUGAAAAGAUAGCAACCUGUUGAACAACCAAACGUGUAUCUUUUUAAUUUGUUAAAAAGGCAAAAUGAGGGCAGUUCCUACGUGGAUUGACAAAGUACAUGAUCGCGACAAAGUUGAGCAAUGUAUCUACGACCUUGCCUUCAAACCAGAUGGCAGCCAGCUUAUUGUGGCAGCUGGGAAUCGUGUUUUGGUGUAUGACACAUCAGAUGGAACUCUCAUUCAGCCUCUGAAAGGACACAAGGACACCGUGUACUGUGUCGCCUACGCCAAAGAUGGGAAACGGUUUGCCUCAGGUUCUGCUGACAAAAGCAUCAUCAUCUGGACAUCUAAACUGGAGGGUAUUUUGAAAUAUACACAUAAUGACUCCAUCCAGUGUGUUGCCUACAACCCAGUCAGCCACCAGCUGGCCUCCUGCUCCUCUGGGGACUUUGGUCUGUGGUCCCCAGAACAGAAAUCUGUAUCCAAGCACAAAGUCAACAGCAAGAUAACAUGUUGUGGGUGGACCAAUGACGGUCAGUACCUGGCCCUGGGAAUGAUGAACGGGGUGGUGAGCAUCAGGAAUAAGAACGGAGAGGAGAAGGUGAAAAUAGAGCGACCAGGAGGAUCCUCCUCUCCUAUCUGGUCCAUCGCAUGGAACCCCUCCAAGGAUGAGCACAAUGACAUCCUGGCUGUGGCAGACUGGGGUCAGAAGCUGUCCUUCUAUCAGCUCAGUGGAAAACAGAUUGGGAAGGACAGAACUCUGACCUAUGACCCCUGCUGUGUCAGCUACUUCUCCAAGGGGGAAUACAUUGUGAUGGGUGGCUCGGACAAGCAGGCCUCCCUCUACACCAAAGAUGGGGUGCGGCUCGGCACCAUCGGGGAGCAGAGCUCCUGGGUGUGGACCUGUAGAGUCAAACCUGACUCCAACUAUGUGGUGUUGGGCUGCCAGGAUGGGACCAUAGCCUUCUUCCAGCUCAUCUUCAGCACGGUGCACGGCCUGUACAAGGACCGCUAUGCCUACAGAGACAGCAUGACUGAUGUCAUCGUCCAGCACCUCAUCACUGAACAGAAAGUGAGGAUCAAGUGCAGAGAGCUUGUGAAGAAGAUAGCUAUCUACAGGAACCGCCUGGCCAUCCAGCUGCCUGAGAAGAUCCUCAUCUACGAGCUGUACUCUGACGACUCCUCGGACAUGCACUACCGCAUCAAGGAGAAGAUCUGCAGAAAGUUUGAGUGCAACCUGCUCGUGGUCUGCUCCCAGCACAUCAUCCUGUGUCAGGAGAAGAGGCUGCAGUGUCUGUCCUUCACCAGUAUCAAGGAGAAGGAGUGGCUUAUGGAGUCUCUGAUUCGCUACAUCAAAGUGAUUGGUGGCCCACCGGGCAGAGAGGGCCUACUGGUGGGGCUGAAGAAUGGAGCUAUCCUAAAGAUCUUUGUUGACAACCCAUUUGCCAUCACUCUGCUGAAGCAGUCUACGUCUGUGCGUUGUCUGGACAUGAGUACAUCCCGCAGCAAGCUGGCCGUGGUGGACGAACACAACACCUGCCUGGUUUACGACAUCCACACCAAGGAGCUGCUCUUCCAGGAGCCCAAUGCUAACAGCGUAGCCUGGAACACCCAGUGUGAGGACAUGCUGUGUUUCUCAGGCAGCGGCUACCUCAACAUCAAGGCCAGUAACUUCCCAGUGCAUCAGCAGAAGCUGCAGGGCUUCGUGGUGGGCUACAACGGCUCCAAGAUCUUCUGCCUGCACGUGUACUCCAUGUCCGCCGUGGAGGUGCCUCAGUCGGCUCCCAUGUACCAGUAUCUGGAGAGGAGGAUGUUCAAGGAGGCCUAUCAGAUCGCCUGCCUGGGUGUGACUGACAGUGACUGGAGGGAUCUGGCCACGGAAGCACUGGAGGGGCUCGACUUUGACACCGCUAAGAAGGCAUUCAUCAGAGUACGAGACCUGCGCUACCUGGAGCUCAUCAACAGCAUUGAGGAGAGGAAGAAGAGAGGUGAGAGCGACACUGAGCUGUUCCUUGCGGAUGUCUAUGCCUACCAGGGGAAAUUCCACGAGGCUGCCAGGCUCUACAAGAGGACUGGCUUGGACUCCAGAGCUCUCAGCAUGUACACGGACCUGCGCAUGUUUGAGUACGCUAAGGAGUUUGUGGGCGCGGCAGACCCUAAAAACACUCGCAUGCUGAUGUCCAAGCAAGCCGACUGGGCUAAGAACAGCAAGGAGCCGCGGGCCGCUGCUCAGAUGUACCUGACUGCAGGAGAACACCUCAAAGCCAUCGACAUCAUAGGAGAACACGGCUGGGUCGACAUGCUGAUUGACAUAGCCCGUAAGCUGGAUAAGGCGGAGCGCGAACCACUGGCUAAGUGUGCGGCCUACUUCCAGAAGCUGAAGCACCAUGGUUAUGCCUCUGAGACCUACUCCAAGAUGGGAGACCUGCAGGCCCUGGUGCAUCUGCACGUGGAGGCACGACACUGGGACGAGGCCUUCUCUCUGGUGGAGAAACAUGCUCAGUUUAAAGAUGACGUCUAUGUGCCCUACGCUCAGUGGCUGGCUGAGAACGACCGCUUUGAGGAGGCACAGACAGCGUUCCACAAGGCGGGCCGACAGAGUGAGGCUGUGAAGGUGUUGGAACAGCUUACCCACAAUGCAGUGGUGGAGAGCAGGUUCAAUGACGCAGCAUAUUAUUACUGGAUGCUCUCUAUGCAGUGUCUGGACAUCGCUAGGGAAAACGAAGAGAGGAAGGAGGAGAUGCUGAAGAAGUUCAAGCGUUUCCAGCACCUGGCUGAGCUCUACCAUGUUUACCACUCAAUACAGCGUUACACAGUAAGAUGCUCACCACAGCUGAAGGAUGAACCCUUUAGCUCCCAUAUGCCUGAGACGCUUUUUAACAUCUCCAGGUACCUCCUACACAACCUCACCAAGGACGUGCCACUGGGCAUCUCUAAAGUUAACACUCUUUAUGCGUUGGCCAAGCAGAGUAGAACCCUGGGAGCGUUUAAACUAGCCAGACAUGCCUAUGAGAAGCUCCAGGACCUCCACGUUCCCUCUCGCUUCCAGGAGUCAAUGGACCUGGGCAGCCUUACCGUCCGCUCCAAACCAUACCACGACAAUGAGGACCUGAUCCCCAUGUGUUACCGCUGUUCCACCAACAACCCCCUGCUGAACAGCCAGGGCAGUGUGUGUAUCAACUGCAAACAGCCCUUCAUCUAUUCAGCAUCUUCAUACGAGGUCCUUCCUCUGGUGCAGUUCUACCUGGACAAGGGUAUCGGUGAUGAGGAGGCUGUGUCUCUCAUUGACCUGGAGGUCCCUUGCAUUGACAGGAAGGCUGCUCGCUGGCAGGAGAUGAGCAGUGGGGAGUCCCAGUCUCUGAAGCUGGAUGAUGGCACAGAAGACACAGAGGAGGACCCUUUCAUGGCCAAACUCAGCUUUGAGCAGGGGGGCUCUGACUUUGUCCCGGUGGUGGUGAGUCGCUCCGUGCUGAGGUCUAUGAGCAGGAGGGAUGUCCUGAUCAAGCGCUGGCCCAAACCCCUGCAGUGGGAGUACUACCGCUCCUUACUGCCUGAUGUCAGCAUCACCAUGUGCCCCUCCUGCUUCCAGAUGUUCCACAGUGAAGACUAUGAGCUGCUUGUGCUUCAGCACAACUGCUGUCCCUACUGCCGUCGGCCCAUCGAUGAACCCAACUGACCUCCCCAAACUGGUCUAGAAUCAAUUCAUCCAUCUCACAAUUCAUUCAUAUCUUCAGUUUCACUCUUGCUCUUCUGAGCAAUGUUCCAUCCAUAUGCUGGCAGCCCCAAACCCUCAUGGAUGUUAUUUCAGGGAUGGGAUUAUGAAGAUCAUUAUAGUCUGCAACAAAAGCACAUCUUCAGCUGAUCAACGCUAUAGAAUGAACAGGAUGAGAUCACACAGAUUUACGAAUGAACUCUUCUGUCUCGAAAAACGUAUUUUAAUUCACUGGUAUUUAUUGUUGCCGUUAUGUGUACUUUAACUCUCUAGCAUUCCACAUUAUUAUUUAGGUAAAUAGUCAUUGUGGGAUGUUUUUUUUUAAAGAGUUGAAUAUAUUGUAUUUUUAUAUUAUUAAAGUAAAAAAAAAUAUUUAAUGAAA